CACAAGGACUUUGCUUUACUGAAUGGCAGGGUGGUAGAAGCCGGCCUCACGUACGGUAGCUAAAGCUGCCGGUGACGCUGACCAGCACGGACGUCAUGUCUCAACUGGAGCUUCUGCUGACCAGCGACGCUGAGUCGCCGUCCUGGAACACGGCCGCCUGGGACCCGAGCACGGGCACGCAGGUGGCCGUGUUCCGCGGCGGCCGCGCCGCGGCUGGCACGCUGGUCGUGCUGGCUGGCCACUCUCUGGCGUCGGCCGACGGCGGCCGCGCCGGCGUGCAGCUGUGGCGUAUGGCGCGCCGCGACGCCGUCCACCAGCGGCUGAGCACGCCCGGCGCCGUCGGUGCGCUGGCCGUCGACCCCAGCGCCGCCUGGUGCGUGCUGGCCGUGGCCGAGCGGCUGCUGGUGCACCACCUGCCAAGCGGCCGGCUGCUGACCGUGCUGGCGCGCCACUACCAGGCGGUGACGGCCCUCCGCUUCAGCGACGAUGGCUCGCACUUCGUGUCGGCCGCCGCUGACGGGCUGGUGGCCGUCUGGCCACUGGCUGCCUGCGUGGACGCCGAAGCGGCGCGGUCCGGCGAGCCGCUGCACGUGUGGUCCGACCACUCGCUGCCCGUCACCGGACUGCACGUGGGCGGCGGUGGUGUACGCGCCCGCGUCUUCACAUGCUCGCGCGACCAGACGUGCAAGGUGUACCAGCUGGCCAGCGGGCAGCUGCUGCUGUCCGUGUCGUUUGACGCAGGCCUGACGGCGGUGACGGCUGAUCCGGCCGAGAGCCGCGUGUUCGUGGGCACCGGCGCCGGCGCCGUGCUGUCGUUCGCGCUGGUCGACCCGCCACGCUCGCUGGAGCAGCACCUGCCGACGGAGCAGGUGGCGGCGCUGACCGGCCACACUGGCCGCGUCACCUGCCUGGCCGUCACGCACGACGGCCGCACGCUCGUCUCCGGAGCCGACGACCAGACCGUGCGGCUCUGGCACGUGCCGAGCCGCCAGUGCGUGCGCACACUGCCGCACCGGGGCGCCGUCACCAACGUGGUGCUGACGGCGUGGCCGGCGGCGCUGCGUGACGGCGCGCCGCCGGCGCCGCCGCCCCUGCACGUGGCGCCGCUGCAGCGGCAGCGCGCCGACCCGGCGGCGCCGCUCGAGCUGGACCUGGUGAUCGCCGAGCGGCCGCUGGAGGAGCCGGCUGAUGACCAGGCGGACACCAUCGAGCAGUUGCGUCGCCAGAUCGCCGCCUGCGAGGACGUUAACUCCAGUAUGUACGAAUUCAUGGUGAACAAGGUCAUGAAUGAACGUGAGUAG